UUAUAGCGACACGCAGCUGUGUGGAAUCUCUGAGCCUUAAGGGGAACACCUACAAGCUUCGGGUACCUGUUGGCGAGAAAGGAGUUAGCAGGACCCAGGAGACCAUGGCCACCUCCAGGCUCUACACCCUAGUGCUGGUGCUUCAGCCUCAGCGAGUUCUCCUAGGAAUGAAGAAGAGAGGCUUUGGUGCUGGCCGCUGGAAUGGCUUUGGAGGCAAAGUCCAGGAAGGAGAGACCAUUGAAGACGGGGCUAAGAGGGAGCUGCAGGAAGAGAGUGGCCUGACAGUGGAUGCGCUGCACAAGGUGGGCCACAUAUCAUUUGAGUUUGUGGGUUCCCCCGAGCUGAUGGACGUGCAUAUCUUCUCUACUGACCACGUGCACGGGACGCCCACAGAGAGUGACGAAAUGCGCCCUCAGUGGUUCCAACUCGACCAGAUCCCCUUUGCAGACAUGUGGCCCGAUGACAGCUAUUGGUUCCCACUCCUGCUUCAGAAGAAGAAGUUCUGUGGGUACUUCAAGUUCCAAGAUCAGGACACCAUCCUCGACUACUCUCUGCGUGAGGUGAAUGAAUUCUAAUAUGGACCCACAUUCAGGUUGCUACACAGCCACAAGCUGUUGGUCCAAGGACACCACGAGGAGGGGCUGGUAUUUUCUACUAGAACGUGAAAUGUCACUGAUAGAUUAAUCUGCCUGAAUACUUUGUCUCCACCUGCUGGUCCUGUUUUGGAAGGCUGGUCCUGUUUUGGAAGGUUGUGGCAUCGUUAGGAGGCAGACCACUGAUGGGGUAAUUGAAUCACUGGGGGUCAAAGAGAUGUGGGAUAGGCCUUAAGGUUUUAUAGGUAGGUGUUGUAGAAUAUUAUUUUAAGGUGUAUUGCAUUUGUUUAUGGUGUGGAACACUUGUUUUAAUGAUGCAGAGAUGUGUUGCAUUCUUUUAUGUUUCAUUUUUUAACCCUGUGAAGCUGUUUUACUUUGCCUGUUUAAAACACCUGAUUGGGGUGGUGGCACACGCCUUUAAUCCCAGCACUUGGGAGGCAGAGGCAGGCGGAUCUCUGAGUUUGAGCCUGAUCUACAAGAGCUAGUUCCAGGACAGGCUCAAAGCUACAAAGAAACUCUGUGGUCUAAUGAAGAGCUGAAUGGCCAACAGCAAGGCAGUAGAAAGGAAAGGUGGGGCUGGCAGGAGAAAGGAAGGAAAGAAUAAAUAGGAGAAAAAGAGCAAGAAGAGCAAGAGAGAUCAAGGAGUGAGAGAGAAGGUGCUAGCUACCCAGCCUGCCACAGAGUAAGAGUAAAAGUAAGAUUUCAGAAGAAAAGGAAAAAACCCGGAGACAAAAGAUAGAUGGGGUAAUUCAAGAAAAGCUGGCUAGAAAUAAGCCAUGCUAAGGCUGGUGUUUAUAAGUAAUAAGAAGUCUCCGUGUAUAUUUAUUUGGGAGCUGGGUGGUGGGCCCCCCAAAAGAUAAUAAAAAACAGGUAGGUCCCACUUGCUGUCUGCUCUCUGCUUCCUGAUGAUGUGACCAGCCACCUCAUACUCUUGCCACUAUGCCUUCUCUGCCAGGAUGGACUGUAGCCCAACUGAUCCACAGGCCAAAAUAGACUUGCUUGCUCCAAGUUGCUGUGUGAUUACAGCAUCAAGAAAAGUGGGGGCACAGGUGACUGGAGAGGAAAGAAAUAGAGAUUUCACCAGGCACUGAGACAGCCACUACCUCAAACAGGGUGGACAGAACCAAAGGUUGAGGUGAGGACUCUUUUUAUGCAAGAGCAUCAAUCUGAAUGGAAAAUUAGAAGUUUUGAAAUGUUUGGUGGGGGCAAAAGCAGUCAUCCAAAGAAAACUGAGGACAUUAGGGUGCCAGGAGAGACACUAGAACCAUGGGUCUCAAAGGGCAGAGGGUAGUGUUGUCCCAGUGAAAGCCAAGCAGUUGGACAGCAAACCAGGACCUGGACUCCACCAAUGGGCUGAACUAGGAAGAGAAUCCUGAACAGUACUGAGAGUGAAUAAAGCAAGCCGAGCAUGGGCAUCCAUGUUGUGAUCUAUUUUUUGCCUCACUCUGGAUGCAAUGUGCCCAGCUGGUCUUACACUAUGAGCCCCCUCCCCCAAAAUGACAGACUGCAUGAGCUAAAACAAACCCAUUCCCACUACAUUGCUUGCUUUUCUUGGAGAAUUUUAACCCAGCAAUAGGAAAUAAACUCAGCUCAUCUGGCAAAGAAACGACUCUACAGAGCCUGACCUAGUAAGCCAGUGAGCUUAGUGGGGUUACUUACAGGAGUGUGGGCGAGGGCUUAGGUCACAGAAAAGCCGACCACAGCAUGGGCUAGGACUGAGCCACAGCCCUGGAGUUCUACACUAUGCAGGGGGCUCAACAGGCCAGCAUCUACUUCCCUUAGCAACUGUCACUGUGGGCACCGCCGCAGGGAGGGACCUUGUGAACCAUGUGCUUUUCAGGUUUCUCAAACUUGUAAAUUUUGCAGAUGUUCAGAGUCUGAGGAGCCUCCCUCCAGGAGGAAGCAAUGCUUCUAUAUCCAGGAAACUCAUAUGACA